AUGCCUCAGUCCGACAUGCAAACCGUUCCUAUCACCCCUUCAGAAACACCAAAGCCAAAUGACAGCUUAACCCCGCCAACACCAGCGCAGUCGGCCUCUCUCAGCCCCUCCCCCAACCACAACCCUUCCCACGAGGAACAUCAGUAUCUUCGCCUAAUCCGUUCAAUCCUCGAAACGGGCGAACACCGCCCUGACCGCACCGGUACAGGCACUUGCUCUCUCUUCGCGCCGCCGCAACUCCGCUUCUCCCUCUCAAAACGUACCACCUCCAACCCCACUUCCACCUCUUCUCGCACCCCCGUUCUCCCUCUCCUAACUACUAAACGCGUCUUCCUUCGCGCCGUCAUCGCCGAACUCCUCUGGUUUAUAUCAGGAAGCACAUCCUCCCUCCCUCUCAGCGAAGCCGGCGUCAAGAUUUGGGAUGGCAAUGGGAGCCGCGAAUAUCUCGACUCAGUCGGCCUCUCCCACCGUGCUGUUGGUGACCUAGGCCCCGUGUACGGAUUUCAAUGGCGGCAUUUUGGCGCGGAAUACAUCGAUGCCCAGACAGACUAUACAGGCCAGGGCGUGGAUCAAAUUGCAGAGGUGGUACGGAAACUGAAGGAAAACCCAUAUGACAGGCGCAUUAUCCUGAGCGCAUGGAAUCCAGCGGAUUUGAAGAAGAUGGCGUUGCCGCCGUGUCACAUGUUUGCGCAGUUUUAUGUCUCCUUCCCUGCUGGGGAUCGCGAUGAUGGCGGGGAGGAAAACGAGGAUCAAAACGAGAAGGAGAAGAGGAAAGGAACACUAUCUUGUCAACUUUACCAACGUUCAUGCGACAUGGGGCUUGGGGUGCCGUUUAAUAUCGCCUCAUAUGCACUGCUGACGCAUAUGUUGGCGCAUGCGGCGGAUUUGCAUCCCGGCACAUUGAUACAUACCAUGGGCGACGCGACAUGUGUAUUUGGAUCAUAUUGA